GGGGGAACAACUGCGGGGCGUGGGGAGCAGGCACCGAGCAGUCUCCAGCCACUAGGGCGAGAGGGAGUGCGUCCUGCGAAAACAAACCCCGCAUAAAUAAUUGAGUUCGGAACCCGGAGCGUUCAGAAGCUCGGAGAGCCGCUCUCGGGCUCCCGCGAAGUUGAAAAGAGCAGAGCAGGCAGAGGGGCCGGCGCGCCGGCCUGGGAGCGGCUCCGCGGGCGGCGGGAAGGAAGCGCGCUGGGGGCAGGAGCCCACGUCCCCCGAGGCGGCUAGAGAACGGCCCGCGCGGGCCGGGGCCUCGGAGGAGGGCUGAGCAGUCGUUGCAUGGACAGCAUGCCUUUCUCCAGAGGCUCCGAUGUGGGGCCCUGGGGCAAUUCCAGCGGUGCCAACACGAGCCAGGAGGCCGAAGACCUCGGGGAGGGCGGCGGCGCGCGAGGGGACGUGCGCAACGAGGAGCUGGCCAAACUGGAGAUCGCCGUGCUGGCAGUGACCUUCGCGAUGGCCGUGCUGGGCAACAGCAGCGUGCUGCUGGCGCUGCACCGCACGCCGCGCAAGACUUCCCGAAUGCACCUGUUCAUCCGACACCUCAGCCUGGCCGACCUGGCCGUCGCCUUCUUCCAGGUGCUGCCGCAGAUGUGCUGGGACAUCACGUACCGCUUCCGCGGCCCCGACUGGCUGUGCCGCGUGGUGAAGCACCUGCAGGUGUUCGGCAUGUUCGCGUCGGCCUACAUGCUGGUGGUCAUGACCGCCGACCGCUACAUCGCCGUGUGCCACCCGCUCAAGACUCUGCAGCAGCCCGCGCGCCGCUCGCACCUCAUGAUAGCUGCGGCGUGGGUGCUCAGUCUCGUGCUGAGCGCGCCGCAGUACUUCGUCUUCUCCAUGAUCGAGGUGAACAAUGUCACCAAGGCCCGCGACUGCUGGGCCACCUUCAUUCAGCCCUGGGGUUCCCGCGCCUACGUGACCUGGAUGACGGGCGGCAUCUUUGUGGCACCAGUUGUCAUCCUGGGCACCUGCUACGGCUUCAUCUGCUAUAACAUCUGGCGCAACGUCCGCGGGAAGACCGCGUCGCGCCAGAGCAAGGGCGCAGAGGAGGCGAGCGGGGUCUUCCCAAAGGGGCGCCUGCUCGCCCCCUGUGUCAGCAGCGUGAAGACCAUUUCCCGCGCCAAGAUCCGCACGGUGAAGAUGACUUUCGUGAUCGUGACCGCUUACAUAGUCUGCUGGACGCCUUUCUUCGUCAUCCAGCUGUGGUCAGUCUGGGAUGAGAAGUCCGUCUGGACCGAUUCAGAAAACCCUACUGUCACCAUCACUGCAUUGCUGGCUUCCUUGAAUAGUUGCUGCAAUCCAUGGAUAUACAUGUUUUUUAGUGGCCAUCUCCUGCAAGACUGUGUUCAAAGCUUCCCGUGCUGCCAAAACAUAACGCAAAAAUUCAACAAAGAAGAUACAGACAGUAUGAGCAGAAGACAGACUUCUUACUCUAACAACCGAAGCCCGACAAACAGUACGGGUAUAUGGAAGGACUCACCUAAAUCUUCCAAGUCCAUCAAAUUUAUUCCUGUUUCAACCUGAGUCCUGAGUUCAUGCAGCCCGACUCUUGCGAUUAACUUUUUAGCCCAUUACCUGAAUUGAGCUAGAAAUCACAAGAACAAAUGAACUUUAUUCAGAUAAGCAUAAAUCAAUUCAUUGGGUACAAGACUGUGUUUCUAGUUGCAUUUUCACAUUGCUAUGGGAAAAAAACUAUGAAUUAUUUUAUAUGGAGUAUUAAUGAAAACACACUGUACUAAAAUGUACAGGCCUAAUUCCUAGAAAUAUAAUAGAAGUUAUAUUUCUAGAGGGAAAAAUAUAAUUACCCUGGCUUUAUAUUCUGUUGUUGAUUUCUUUUAAUUUUUUUUUCCCCUUCAAUAUAAGAAAGGCUUGAUUGGUUUAAAAAGCAAGUAAUGUAGGGGCACUCUUUCUGAACAAAGUGAGCUCAUCGCCAGCCUUAGUAUUUAGAGAAGAUAUUAGAGAAAUUAUGUUUUCAUCCAAUGCCAUCGAUUUAUGCAUCAGAAAAUGCAGCCCCAAGUGGUGUCGUGGAGAUGGGAAGGUGUCUUAGAGAGGCGUGAGUGCCUGAGGAAUACUGAACAGGAGGUGGCCUGCUCAGAGUAACAGGGGAAAGUUCUGUUAGAAACCAUAAAUCACCCUGAUUUUUGAAAUGGUAACUUUAGAACUGGCAGUGCCCUCCUUUAAAUUCCUCACAUUUUAUUGGCCACACAAAGCAUGAUUCCUAAGAUGCUGAAGGUUAGAGAAAAUGUUGUCAACCGGCUGAAAAAUCUUCUUCCCCACCACCACAAGGUUAUUUUAAAGUCAGAUCUAUGGGACAUAACAUGUUGUCUUAAAAAAAAAAAAAAAGAAAAAAAGAAAAAAGAAAAUAAAAUAAAGUCAGAUCUAUAUGAGGAAUGCCAAACUUUAUUAGAAGAAAAGGAUUGUCUAAGGUACUCUGUAGACUUUCUCUUGAACAAUGUAAACAUAUUUUGACCAGUGUUAUAAGGGCAUCUUGUGCUGUGUUGGAUAUUAACACGAUCAUUAUCUUCCUGUUUAGGGAAUACAGAUUCAUAAAAAAGAGAGUCUCCUAAAGGGUGACUCAGUUUAUAAAGUGUCACCACAUGUUUAAUUAAAACCAGCUUGGUCUUCUUUUCCAAUCUCCCACUCAUUGGACAGUUUCAAAGUAUAACAGAAAGGAGAUGGGGUUGGGCGCUGAGAGGCAAAUAGAAAGAGGACUGUUCCACGCCUAGUCUGGCGUUCUUCAUUAUUAAAUACAUGACUUUAUGCAAGUUAUGUAAACACACAGAGAGCCUCUGUUUCCUUGGCCGUACAAUGGAAUUGAUAACAUUUACCUCACAGGGUUGUUGUGGGACUAAAUUAAAUGUGUGAAAAGAGCUUUAUAAACAGUAAAGUGCUGUACGUAUGCUA